UCGCAGGCUGUUUGCGUCAUCGCGCCACGCCACCAUUAGAGCCGGGGGAAGAUGGCGGCAGCCGUUCUUAGCGGGCCCUCUGCGGGCUCCGCGGCUGGGGUUCCGGGCGGGACUGGGGGUCUCUCAGCCGUCAACUCGGGCCCACGUCUUCGCCUGCUGUUACUGGAGAGCGUGUCUGGGUUGCUGCAGCCCCGAGCGGGGUCCGCAGUCGCUUCAGUUCAUCCUCCAGCCCGCUCGGCCCCACAUUUGCCCGGGCUCAUGUGCCUCCUGCGGCUGCAUGGGACGGUGGGCGGGGCCCAGAACCUGUCAGCUGUUGGGGCAUUGGUGGGUCUCAGCAAUGCACGUCUUGGUUCUAUCAAAACCCGAUUUGAGGGCCUCUGUCUGCUGUCCCUACUGGUCGGGGAGAGCCCCACAGAGAUGUUCCAGCAGCAUUGUGUCUCUUGGCUUCGGAGCAUUCAGCAGGUCUUGCAGUCCCAGGACCCACCCCCCACAAUGGAGUUGGCGGUAGCUGUCCUGAAGGACCUGCUCCGAUAUGCUGCCCAGCUUCCUACGCUGUUCCGGGAAAUCUCCAUGAACCACCUUCCUGGCCUUCUCACCUCCCUGCUUGGCCUCAGACUAGAGUGUGAGCUUUCAGCUCUGGAGGGCAUGAAGGCUUGCAUGACUUACUUUCCUCGGGCAUGUGGUUCUCUCAAAGGCAAGCUGGCCUCAUUUUUCCUGUCGCGAAUAGAUGCCCUGAGCCCUCAACUCCAGCAGUUGGCAUGCGAGUGUUAUUCCAAGCUGCCCUCUCUAGGGGCUGGUUUUUCCCAGGGCUUGAAGCAUACUGAGAGCUGGGAGCAGGAACUGCACAACCUGUUGACCUCCCUGCACAGCCUUCUGGGGGCCCUGUAUGAGGGAGCAGAAGCAGUUCCCAUGCAGCAUGAAGGCCCUGGAGUCGAGAUGCUGCUCUCUCCCUCUGAAGAUGGCGAUGCCCAUGUCCUUCUCCGGCUCCGGCAGAGGUUUUCUGGACUGGCCCACUGCCUGGGGCUCAUGCUUAGCUCUGAGUUUGUGGCCCCUGUGUCCGUCCCUGUGCAGGAAAUCCUCGAUGUCAUCUGCCGGACCCUCAGCAUUAGUGCCAAGAACAUCAGCUUGCUUGGAGAUGGUCCCCUCCGGUUGCUCCUUCUCCCUUCUAUCCACCUUGAAGCCUUGGACCUGCUGUCUGCUCUCAUCCUUGCGUGUGGAAGCCGGCUCCUGCGCUUUGGAUCCCUGAUCAUCCGUCUGCUGCCCCAGGUCCUCAACGCCUGGAGCAUUGGUCGAGACAACCUCUCUCCAGGCCAGGAGAAGCCUUACAGCACUCUGAGGACCAAGGUGUAUACUGUUUUAGAGCUUUGGGUGCAGGUGUGUGGCGCUUCGGCAGGAAUGCUUCAGGGAGGUGCCCCAGGAGAGGCCCUGCUCACCCACCUGCUCAGUGACAUCUCCCCUCCAGCCGACACCCUUAAACUGCGCAGCCCCCGAGGGAGUCCUGAUGGAGGUUUGCAGACAGGGAAGCCCAGUGCUCCCAAGAAGCUAAAGCUGGAUAUGGGCGAGGCCAUGGCCCCACCCAGCCACCGGAAAGGGGACAGCAAUGCCAACAGUGACGUGUGUGCAGCUGCGCUGAGAGGCCUCAGCCGGACCAUCCUCAUGUGUGGGCCUCUCAUCAAGGAGGAAACUCACAGGAAACUGCAUGAUUUGGUCCUGCCCCUGCUCAUGGGGUUCCAGCAGGGUGACGUCUUAGGCACCUCCCCAUAUACCAGCUCCCGCUGCCGCCAGGAGCUCUACCGCCUGCUGCUGGCUCUGCUGCUGGCGCCUUCUCCCCGCUGCCCUCCUCCCCUCACCUGUGCCCUGCAAGCCUUCUCCCUUGGCCAGAGAGAGGACAGCCUUGAGGUCUCCUCUUUCUGCUCAGAAGCACUGGUGACGUGUGCAGCUCUAACUCACCCUCGGGUCCCUCCCCUGCAGCCCAUGGGCUCCACCUGCCCCACACCUGCACCGGUUCCCCCUCCUGAGGCCCAGUCUCCAUUCAGAGCUCCACCUUUCCACCCCCCAGGCCCCAUCCCCUCAGCAGGCCCUAUGCCCUCGGCGGGCCCUGUGGCCUCAACGGCUCCCAUGCCCUCAGCAGCUCCCAUGCCCUCUGCAGGCCCGAUGCCUUCAGUGGGUCCAAUGCCCCCAACACGUCCUGGACCUCCAGCGACAGCAAACCACUUAGGUCUAUCUGUCCCAGGUCUGGUGUCCGUUCCUCCCCGGCUUCUUCCCGGCGCAGAGAAUCACCGGGCAGGCUCAAAUGAGGACCCCGUCCUUGCUCCUAGUGGCACCCCUCCACCGAUACCCUCAGAUGAAACUUUUGGGGGGAGAGUGCCCAGACCAGCCUUUGUUCACUACGAUAAGGAGGAGGCAUCAGAUGUGGAGAUCUCCUUGGAGAGCGACUCUGAUGACAGUGUGGUGAUUGUGCCUGAAGGGCUGCCACCCCUGCCACCCCAGCCCCCCUCAGGUGCCACGCCACCCCCUGUAGCUCCAGCUGGACCCCCGGCAGCCUCCCCUCCUGUGCCAGCCAAGGAAGAGCCCGAAGAGCUUCCUGCAGCCCCAGGGCCUCUCCCUCUACCUCCACUCCCACCAGUUCCUGGCCCAGUGACACUCCCACCACCCCAGUUGGUCCCUGAAGGGACUCCUGGUGGGGGAGGAGCCACCGCCAUGGAAGAAGAUUUGACAGUCAUUAAUAUCAACAGCAGUGAUGAGGAGGAGGAGGAGGAGGAGGAGGAGGAAGAAGAGGAAGAGGAGGAGGAAGAAGAAGAGGAAGAGGAAGACUUCGAGGAAGAGGAAGAGGAUGAAGAAGAGUAUUUCGAAGAGGAAGAAGAAGAAUUUGAGGAGGAAUUUGAGGAAGAGGAGGGUGAAUUAGAGGAAGAAGAGGAAGAAGAAGAAGAUGAAGAGGAGGAGGAGUUGGAGGAGGUGGAAGAGUUGGAGUUUGGCUCUGCAGUGGGGGAGGCAGAAGAAGGUGGGCCUCCAGCCCCAAGCCUGCCCGCAGCUCUGCCACCAGCAGAGUCCCCCAAGGUGCAGCCUGAGCCUGAGCCCGAACCCGGGCUGCUGCUGGAGGUGGAGGAGCCGGGUGCAGAGGAGGAGCAAGGGGCCGAGAUGGCCCCCACGCUAGCCCCCGAGGUACUCCCCUCACAGGGUCAGGCGGAGAGGGAAGCGGGAAGCCCACCGGCCAGCUCCCCACCCCCCCAGGAGCUUGUUGAAGAGGAACCCUCUGCUCCCCCAGCCUUGCUGGAAGAGGCGGCUGAGAGUGGGGAUGACAAAAAGCCACCUCUGCCUGAGCCGUCUGCGGCAGAGGAGGAGAUGGAGAUGGAGACAGAGGCAGCAGACCUCCCGGAGAAGGAGCAGGAUGAUACAGCUGCCAUGUUGGCGGACUUCAUCGAUUGUCCGCCCGAUGACGACAAGCCACCACCUGACACAGAGCCUGACUCCUAGCCCUCUGCCACGCUCCCUCACCUCAUUGCCAAUAAAGUUAUGUCCUUGGGUA